AUGGCAGUUGAUACUUCGGAUUCGAAGUCCUUGGACGUGGUCUCGGGGCCUGUCCCUGAAGACAUUCACACCGUAUUAGAAAGAUCUAGUGAUUUCUCCGACACUGAGUCUGAUGGAAAGAGAGCACCACCCCUUGCAGCAAAGUUAUGCGCAGUGGCCCUGAUUUCGUGUAUUAGCUUUGGCUCGCACUGGAGUUCUGGCGUGACAGGUGCUAUGAAGACCACGAUUAAAAAGGAAAUGGUUAUAGACAAUACUCAAUUUUCGCUUUUGGAAGCCAGUGAGAAUUUCAUGGCAACGGUUCUGCUUUUGGGAAGUGGUAUGAUUACCGACAGAGUGGGCGGAGCUGAGAUGAUUGUUUAUGGAAAUAUCAUCUAUACCAUCGGUUCUAUUCUCGUCGCUGCCGCCGCGACAGUGCGCUCUUUUGACUUCAUGAUCGGAGGACGAGUCAUCCUCGCACUCGGCGAUAUCGCUACACAAAUCGCCCAGUAUAAGAUGUUCUCUUCUUGGUUCCCCCCUAGCAAUGGAUUUGCAUCCACACUAGGCUUUGAGCUUGCCAUUGGCAAGAUUGGAGGAUUUGUUGGCAAAUCAACGGCCAAUAUCAUUGCAAAGAACACUGGAAACUUUGCGUGGGUCUUUUGGACAUCGGUCUUCAUGAAUGUGUUCACGAAUGUGGCCAGUGCAGGGUUCUGGUACUUCAACCAGUAUUGUACUCGCCACUAUAAGGGACGAUGCGAUGUAGCUACCAAAGAACAACUCACAGAGAAAAACAAAAAGUUCGAGUUCCAAAAAGUGUUCGAGCUUCCAUGGACAUUCUGGGCUGUUAUGGCCUUCUCUGUGUUCCAAACGAGCGCUGCAUCAGUCUUCAGCCAAAAUGCUACCGAGCUGGCCGAAACGCGAUUCGAAGUCGAUUCUAUCAAGGCUGGGUGGUAUAGUUCUCUUUCGCAAUAUGCAGGCUUCUUCCUUGUUCCCUGUUUGGGCGUGUUCAUCGAUGUCCUCGGUAACCGAGCAUCUGUUUUGUGUACCUGCGGUGCUGGCAUGCUGCUGAGUAUGGUUCUCAUUAAUUUUGCAACAUCCAAGGCAGGCACAGGAGCUGCAUUCGGCAUCUACGCCAUUGCCGUGUCUCUCGGACCAACCUCGGUCAUCGACAGCAUUCGCACAACGAUGUGGCAUCAAUCGGUCUUUGGAUCCGCAUAUUCAUUAAAGGUCACCAUGAAUAAUGCUAUGAGCAUUAUCAUUCGGAUUAUCACGGGAGCUUUGCAGGACGCAGAUGACAAUUCGUACCGCCGAGUGGUGCAGGUCUACCUAGUUCUUGCUGCUGGCGCUUUGGUUGUCGGUGCGACUAUCCUCAUCGGCUCGUUUUUGACCGAUAACCUGGUGGUGCUACAGUGGACUCGGCAUAAACGGUUGACAUCGGGUGCCGCUGUCAUCGAGCGGAUUCGAGAGCAAAACUUGGUAACUCAGCGCCGGCGCACCCGGAAUAUUUCCAUAAUUUGCUUCGGGGCUCUGACUUCGUUGACACUUGGGUCGUGGGUGGCGUACAUUUGGGGUGCGGUGACCGGUCACAAUUCCUAG